AUGCCGUACCUCGACUUUUUGUAUUCACUGGGCGACUUUGCGCAUCAGCUGUUUGUCGUGUUUCCUUAUAGCGCUUAUACUACACCACGAGCCGGUUCGAAUCUUUCACCACCUUACAAAAGAAUGAACCUAAAGGCUGCCGAGACAGAGGCGGCUUCGGCGGACAACCGCCUCCAAUCGCAGGCCGAUUCCGAAAGCAGAAAGUCGCUGCAGCUGGAAGAGUCGCACAGGGCUCUCGUAUCAACAAAGCCGCCUCCCAGGGGUUUUGGUGACGAGCUCUUCCGUUUGUGCACGGCACCCGAGGAUGUCUCCUCACUGCUGGCCUCCAACCCUGAGAUUACACCCAAUGGGGCUUGGGAGCAGCUGUACGGCAAAGGCUCGGACUCGGGGUCGGGGGUCACAAAUGCCAUCGUGAAUGGGGCGCCGCCACUAGAAAGGCUAGAGAGGGCAGCCAGGUGUGGAAAAUGGGGCGAGAACAGACCCAGUGACUUGUUCCUCGAGAUGUAUCACGACGCAUUGACAACUCUUGAUGAAGAUCUGAGUCAAGGAGUAGUUAGCCCGUCACUCAUGGGCAGCAAUGGCGUUAUGCCACUCACCAUCAUAUCUACCAUACCCGACAUCGUGCGGCACAUGGCGAAUCUGAUCGUCGCCGCCGAGUAUGACGUCUUUAUUGCAACCAAUUUCUGGCAGAAUAGCGAAGCAUCCAAAUACAUCACCGAAGCCAUCAGAGAGUUAUCCAGGCGGGCUGAGGGGCGAGAAAAGAAGGUUGUGGUCAAGAUAAUGUACGACCGCGGCUCUGUGAAGCAAGUAUUUGACCAACACCACAUCGUCCCGGAGAAGGAUUACACGGGCAAGGCGGUUGGUCUUCCAAAGGCUAGUGAAAUUCCAAACGUCGACUUGGAGGUCAUGAACUACCACAACCCGCUGCUCGGAACGUUUCAUGCCAAGUACAUGGUCGUGGACAGGAGGAUUGCCAUCUUGCAGAGCAACAACAUCCAGGACAACGAUAACCUUGAGAUGAUGGUGCAUCUGGAGGGUCCCAUCGUCGAUUCUGUGUACGAUAUGGCGUUGCUGAGCUGGAGCAAGGCUUUGACGCCGCCACUCCCAACAGCAGACCGCCCAGCCGCCACCGAGACACCCAGAUGCUUCGAUAGCCAGGGCAACACAGACGAGGGGACGCAAAACGGAUACAACCACAACACACCAGACGAACCCUACCCCGAACACACGACGAGCGACCCGCACUACGACGCCACCAUAUCCGCCGAGGUACGCCGGGUCCAGGCAUCCGUGACGCCGCUACCGGGCGAGUCCCGGCGCGCAGCCGUCACAAAGCACCUCAACCACACCACGAACGAAGGCUUCACCCCGCCGGCGGAGCAUCUCGUCCCGGACAGCGUCGUCGGCGAAGACCCGGAAAAGAUCAUGACGCCUUACGUCAAACACCAGCCCCACCAACCGUUCCCAAUGGCGAUGGUCAACCGCCCACCGUACGGGCCGCCCAAGAACCACGACGUCAAGAACCCGCAGAACGCGGCUUGGUUGGCCGCGCUCCGCUGCGCGUCGCAAUCCGUGUUCAUCCAGAGUCCCACUCUCAAUGCCGAGCCGCUGCUACCGGCGAUCAUUGAUGCGUGCGAGAGGGGCGUGGAGGUGACGUGUUAUAUCUGUCUUGGGUACAAUGAUAUUAGCUUUGCUGAUGAUCAAAACAAGGGUGAGCUCCUCCCAAUGCAAGGCGGCCACAACGAAAUGAUAGCCCAUCGGCUAUACACAUCCCUCUCGGAUGAGGCACGGGGUCGGCUGCACUACCACUGGUACGUGGCCAAGGACGCGACGGCGCCGCUGCACCAGGGCAAGCGGCAGCGGUCAUGCCACAUCAAGCUGCUGGUCGUCGACUGGAAGGUCGCCGUGGUCGGCAGCGGCAACCAAGACACGCAGAGUUGGUGUCACAGCCAAGAGGUGAACGUGCUCCUGGACCUCCCGGAAGAGAUUGCGGAGCAGUGGAGGGAGGCCCUCGAGGUCCGCAAUCAGAACACGGGGCUGUACGGGGCCGGCAGCAGCGAGGACGGGGUUUGGAAGGAUGCAGAGGGGAAGGAGGCGGACGGGGCCAUCGGGGUCGAUCCGGGGAGGUUUAGCUGGGGGAAGGGGAUUGCAGGCGCGGUCAAGAGGUUGAAGGGAACGGGCGGUUUUUGA